CAGUGAAGCUGUUCUGCUCAAAAGCAGAGUGAUACAUGAGCCCCAUAAACAAAAGGGGAGGAGAGAGCAAAAGGGCAGAAAAAAGACUGAAGGCGUGAACUAGAACAGGAAGCGGCCAAGACAGGAGACAAGGCAGAACCGGGAGAACUGAUGUAAGCAGGGGAGACAGACCCUACAGCAUUGUGAAGGAGGGAGCAGAGAGAGGAGAGAGCAGAUCUGCGUUAUGAGCGACCCAAAGUAUGAGAAGCUCGAAGACAAUGUGGCCGAAGGCACUGAGGAUCCUCCCACCUACUCUGAAAAACAGCCCUACAGAGAAUCUGAUCCCCUAAAACCUCCUGCUGGGCCAUCACCCCUGGGCUAUGGGGCAGCUGCCCCUAUGCCAAACCAGUACCAACCUUAUUAUGGCCUCCCUGGGACAGGAUACAAUCAAGAUCCGACCCUUCAACCUCCACAGGUCAUCAUUGUCAGGCCUCCCCAGCCCACCAAUGAACCCGAUUACCUUGCCUACUCCAUCUUUACCAUGCUUUGCUGUUGCCUACCUCUUGGCAUUGCUGCCUUGGUAUAUUCGUUCCAGACCAGAGAGGCCAACAACAUGGGAAACAGCAUAGCAGCUCAGCGAAACUCCAGGAUGGCACGGAUCUUGGCCAACACAGCACUUGCAGUGGGGAUUGUGUUUUUAAUUGUGUAUAUCGUCGUGGUGGUGAUUACAUUGAAGCAGGCAAAGUAUGAUCCACCAAACAACCUCUAAGGAUGUGCUAUGCAAGGUGCCUGUCCUAUUAGACCUCUCCUCACCCUCUACCCUAAGAUACACAUCACAGAUGUUCUGGUUUGAUGUCAUGGUGAAACAUUCCAGAAAGUAACCUACACCAAGGUGGUUCACACAUGCAUGCACAUCAUCGUAGUUUCUGUAUGCUUGACAUGAUGUUGAGAAGGGCCAUCACUCAGUGGCAGAAGAUUGCAGUUUCAAUCUCCAGCAUCUCCAGGUAGGUCUGGGGAAAUUCCUGCCUGAAACCCUGGAGAGCUGCUGCCAAUCAGUGUGAACAGUACUGGGCUAGAUGGAUCAAUGGCCUGACUCAGUAUAAAGCAGUGUCCCAUGUUCUCAUCAUAACCAGCAACAGAAGGUGUGAACUGCAAGGCAUUUCUUUUGAAGCUACGUCAAGUGAUCUGAACAACCUACAAGAAGAUAGAUUUGUGAUGACCCACAUUUGUGUUACGUGAUGGACGUUGUGUACAACCCAGUUCCACAAGAUGCCAUCAUCCCAAACAACAGAAUAAGGACUGGUGCAUUCCCCCUAAUUGCCAAUCAAAAAAGAAAAAUUGGCCCAUUUGAUGGCUAAAUAUUACCCAUAUUAAUUUUCUGGUAUUGUCAAGGAUAAAAUAUCAUCCCCAUAAAAUGAUGAGAUGGAGGACCAGCUUCUUCUAAGUACACCGCCUGUUCUAUAUCCUUUCCCCCAGCUUUCUGCUCUCCCUUCUCUGGACCACUAACUUUACCAGCCCUACUUCCCUUGGGCUACUGUCCAUAAAUGCCCAAUAUUUCACAGGUAUAAACAGCAGCACACUUGUAAUGCCCUGUUUCUUAUACAAUGAAUUUUGAUUCUAUGGGCCAAUAUAAAUAAAUGCCGUGGCUAUUAGAAUGUC